CCUAGCUAGGGAGUGGGCGGGGCUCACUGGUUGGGAUCCGAGCGCGGCGCUGGGACCUCGUGGAGGGCGGUGCGCGCUGCUCGCGGUGUGGAACUCGCGGCUUCUGAGCGCCGGCUCCCUCUGCCCGCACCCUUUCUCUGCCGGCCGGCGCUUCAGCUUCAGUUUUGCUCUAGCCUGGAGACUUAGUGAGCAGAAUUUGCCCACUCUUCUGGUAUAACUGGUUCUCAUGGCUGGGAACAAAGGAAGAGGCCGUGCGGCUUACACCUUUAAUAUUGAGGCGGUUGGAUUCAGCAGAGGGGAAAAGUUACCUGAUGUAGUAUUGAAACCACCCCCGUUGUUUCCUGAUACAGAUUAUAAGGCAGUGCCUCUGAAAAUAGGAGAAGGUGAAGAAUAUAUGCUGGCCUUGAAGCAGGAGUUGAGAGAAACAAUGAAAAGAAUGCCUUAUUUUAUUGAAACACAAGAAGAAAAACAAGAUAUUGAAAGGUAUAGUAAAAGAUACAUGAAGGUAUACAAAGAAGAAUGGAUACCAGAUUGGAGAAGACUUCCAAGAGAAAUGAUGCCAAGGAAAAGCAAAAAAGCAGGCGCCAAACCCCAGAAGGCAAAAAAUACAGUCAAAGGAAGCUCCGUCACUGAUACUGCAGAUGUGUUGAAAAGAAUCGAGGAACUGGAAAAGAAAGAUGAUGGUGAAAAAUCAGAUGAGGAAAACGAGGAGAAAGAAGGAAGCAAAGAUAAGAGUAAAGAAGGCGAUGAGGAUGAGGAUGAAGACGCUGAAGAACAGGAGGAAUAUGAUGAAGAAGAGCAAGAAGAGGAAAAUGACUACAUUAAUUCAUACUUUGAUAACGGAGAUGAUUUUGGUGCAGACAGUGACGACAACAUGGAUGAAGCCACCUAUUAGCCAUGAAGUUUCUUUAAAAAUAUCUUUAUGGUACAGCUUCUAAGCCUUUGGGACAGACAUGUUUUAUGUUUUUUCUUCUGAUAAGAAUCGAGUAAGUAUUUUAUUUUUGUUCCUGUUUUGUUGGACAAAUGUUUGGUACUCAGAUAUGCAGAACCACUUUGAGUUCACAUUCUGUUACCUUACAGUUUAGCCCCCGACACGCUGACAUUCCGUCACAGCCUCUCCCAUCCCUCUUAAGUACUUUAGUAGUCUUUUUUUUAUUGUUAUUACUUGGAUUCAAAUGUGCCUAAAGAAUUUUUGCAUCUCUUAUUCUACGUAUUCAUACUUGAAGUCAUUUUUGUUUAAUUGCUGGUCUUUUGUAAAACCAUCACUACUCAUAAUGGGUUUCUACACAUCUGGAAGUUAAUUUUAUAUAGCACAUGGAGCACUUUAAAAACAGUAACUUGAAAAUAGUUUUAUAUAGCAUGUUCUGUACUACUAGAUUAUGGCUACAUUAACCUACUUGAGCUCUUACAAGUAUAAAUUGAUGAGAUUAGAUGUUCUGUGAUUAAAAGCUUGUACAGAGGGAACUGCCAAUCUGAGCGAUGUAAAUUCCACUGCUCGUAUCUCAGUGGUACGAGGAGACUCGUGUGGGAUCAAUAUUAUACAUUCUUAAACUUGAAGCUAAUGGUCGUCCCAUGUAGUAAGUUGGACAUCUCUGAAUAGUUGGGGUAAUGGAAAAUUAGAACGAGACAUCUUAUUUAAGUUUGCACUUUGAAGUGUAGAGUAAGUUCUGGUCGUAUAAAUUUCACUGGAGAACACAUGUGCAUGAACUCCGAGGUGUACAGCCUCUGUUACAUUUCACGGGACUUAUAAGCUAUACAGUCAGUUUAUAUAAUCAUGCCAAAUGAACUCAGGUUAUUUUUAAAUUAGGAUUCAUGUUUUUUGUUCAACUGAAAGCUAGCUCCCCUGCCUUUUUACAUGGGUGGGGGCAGUACCAUGUAAACCUCAGCCUCCAAAGACUCUCACAAAUGCCAAAGACUUAAAGAAAUUCAUAUUAUGUAUUUCAAAAAUGACUUAAUAUUACCAAAAUGUAUUUUUCACUUUUGGGAAGAUUUCAGCCAUUAUCCUCUAACCUGAGAAUUAGAACCCUAGCUCCUGUUUCCACUUUUAUUAUUAAAUUCCACUUUGAAAAUGAGCUUGGUUAAGUUUCUGUGCCUUAGUUUCUCAACUUGUAAACAAUUUUCUAUGAAAACUGUAGAAACAUCAAGACCAAAAUUUAUCCUAUGUAUUAAUUCUCUUACCUAAUAGAAAUGAUCACUUCAAUUUCAUUUUCACUCUGAAAAAUUACAGCUUAGAAAGCAUCUGAGGGCCAACCAUUGUGCUGAUUAGGGCAGCUGGACCCUAUGUGGCCGAUCUCAGGUUCGAGUCCUGGAUCUGGUGGCUUGAGAAACA